AUGGCUGCCAAUACACCAAACUCCGAGAGUACUCCAGACAAGUGCCCCGUUGACCAUACUUCAAGGAAAGUGUGGUUGACACAAAGGCAUGGAACGAGUAAACAAGAACAAGAAGAGAAAUGCCCUGUGGAUCAUAACAGCAGGGAGGUUUGGCUAAAGAAGGCUCAACAGUCACAGGUUCGCGAAGAUGUCGAAUGCUCUUCUGAUGAAGUUGCUAGUGCUCCCGUAUACAAGACAAACGUUGCACUACCUGAGGAACGUGAGAUCUCUUCCAUUCCAAGGACGGGAGAUAAUUUCAAUUGGAUUUAUCCCUCUGAGAAACAAUUUUAUGAGGCAAUGUUGCGCAAAAAUUGGGAUCCGAAAUCUGAGGAUAUGAAAACUGUGAUACCGUUGCACAAUUCUGUGAACGAAAGGGUGUGGAAUUACAUAAAAAUCUGGGAACAAAAUCAAGGUGGGGAAGCAUGUGGAGGUAUCAAGUUAACCAGUUUUAAAGGUGACUCCAAAAAGCUGACACCUCGUGCGUGGUUUAGAGCCUCGAUAUUGGGUCUUGAAAAGCCUUUUGAUAGGCAUGAUUGGACCGUUGAUAGAUGCGGGAAAAAUGUCGACUACGUGAUUGAUUUUUACAAUGAAGAUGACGACAAAUUGGGACCAAGAAUCUAUAUGGAUGUUCGGCCAAAGUUGAACAGCUUUGAAGGCUUUAAACUUAGAGUUUUGAAACUUUUAGGGUUUUAA